AUGCGUUUGCGAACAGAUACCUGUCGAGCGGUCUUGCUCACGUCGUUAAUAUGGCUGGUUUUGGAUGUGUACAUCUUGUUUUACUAUUUGGACAGCAGUCCUCCAAUGGAAAGGUAUGUUUUUUCGUUUGAUUUUUAAUGUUUAGGGAUGGUAUUUUUUACGAGUCUACUCAAAUUGAUGUUAAAAAGUUGAUAUAGAAGAUUGACAACAUGGUGUGUCAAAUUUUGGGUAUAAAAUGGGGCUCUAAGUGUUUCAUUUUUUGCAGAAACAGUUUGGCAUAUAAGGUAAAUCCGAAAUUUGACGUUGUGAAACAGAAGUUUGACGAAAACUCGGUGGAAGGCGUGAAAUUAAAAGAGCUAUUGAGCCAGCUGAACUUUGACGAUCAUGGAGCAGGUGAUAUGGGUACGGGUGUUAAUAUUCCAGCUGAAAAGCAAGAAGAAAUGAAGGAGAUGUUCAAGCAAAACCAGUUCAAUUUGAUGGCUUCGAAUAUGAUCUCGAUUAAGAGAUCGUUGCCUGAUUAUAGGAGUGCUAAGUACGUUUUUAAAUUGAUGAUAAUGUUACUUCGUAGUACGUUUAUAACUUUUAUAACAAUACAUAGUUAUAUGAGUGGACAAAUCUUUUAUGGAUAUUACACUAGACAUUGAACCUAACUCUAUAUUCUUAUGCUUAUAUUUUUUCAGAUGUCGAACACAGGCUGAUACCUACAGACAAAACAAGAUACCAAAGACUUCAAUCAUCAUUGUCUUCCACAACGAAGCUUUCAGCACAUUGUUACGGACAUUACAUUCAAUUAUAAAUCGAUCUCCGUUAGAUCUAAUAGAAGAAAUAAUUUUAAUCGACGAUCUAUCAGAACGAGACUACCUAAAAGGACCUUUGGAGAUGUAUAUCAAGACAUUACCUAUCACGAUGCAUCUUGUUCAUCUUCCUGAACGUAGUGGGUUGAUCAGAGCUCGGCUUCACGGCUCCGGAAUGGCCAAAGGCAAGGUGUUGUUGUUCUUGGAUGCUCAUGUUGAAGUAACCGAAGGUUGGUUGGAGCCUUUGCUACACCGUGUGGCUACAGACCGAAAGACCGUGGUAGCACCGAUUAUUGACGUCAUUUCGGAUGACAAUUUCGAAUAUGUAACGGCUUCUGACACAACAUGGGGAGGCUUCAAUUGGCAUCUAAACUUCAGAUGGUACCAAGUACCAGAAAGGGAAAUGCAAAGGAGGAACAACGACAGAAGUACUCCGAUUCAGUAAGGAUUCAGAUUUUAUUUUGAGGGAGAAAUUAGUUUUGAUUUAUUUAAAAAAAUGAAAUUUUGGCUUUCUAGGUAAUUUUUUUUUAUUUCAGAACUCCAACAAUCGCCGGAGGGCUCUUUGCCAUUGAUAAAGAUUUCUUUUAUGAAAUUGGAUCCUACGAUGAAGGAAUGCAAGUAUGGGGAGGUGAAAACUUGGAAAUUUCCUUUAGGGUAAAUUAUUUUGUCAAAAUUUUUAUUUUUUCAAAAAUAAUGCCGUUUAUGCUGUCCAAACAAUAAUUUUUUAGAAUUUGUUACCUAAAAAUAUAUUUUUUAAAUUUUUUCCCAAAAAUUUUAUUUUUAUUGGCUAUCUUCUUCGUUUGUUACCUAAAAUAAUAUUUUUAUAGAAUUUGUUAACCAACUUCAUUUUCCUAUUAACUUUCAGACCUGGAUGUGUGGUGGCCGCCUGGAAAUCCACCCCUGUUCUCGGGUGGGUCACGUUUUCCGUAAACAAACCCCCUAUACCUUCCCCGGCGGCACAGCCAAGGUUAUCUACCAUAACGCGGCACGAACAGCGCACGUUUGGAUGGACGACUAUAAGCGCUUCUUCUUCGCCAUGGUUCCAGGAGCACGGAAAGUGGAAACCGGCGAUAUGAACGAACGCCACGCUCUCAGGAAGAACCUGGAGUGCAAGAGCUUCAAGUGGUACCUCGAGAAUAUCUACCCCGAAGCCCCGAUCCCAGCCUCGUACACGGAGCUGGGACAGCUCAAGAACGCUGAAUCGGGCACAUGUGCUGACACAAUGGGCCGAAAGAGCGGCCAACAACCGGCGUUAUCACCGUGCCACGGUCUCGGUGGUAAUCAGGUAUGGGUCCUAACGGAAUCCGGGGAAAUCCGAUCGGACGAGCUGUGUCUCAGUGUUAGAGGAAUGAACCUGCCAAUGAAAUACACGGUCAAGUUGGAAAAGUGCCUCAUGAGCAAGAUUUCGCAAUGGCAUCGAUUCGAGUUUGACAAAUCGGUAGGUUUUUUUUUGGAAAAAGUUCAAAAUAAGUCAUUGUUUUAGCUUAAAAUUUUAAUAUGCCUUUUCUUUUUGCAUCAGACGUGAAAUAUAGAGAAAAUAUGGUUUUUUAGGUCCUAAAAUGGAUUGUUUUGCUAUUUUUAGGUAUUAAAAUCAAAAUUUUUGUUUCAGACGGGCUCUCUAAAGCACAUCAAGUUUGACAAAUGUGUGGAAGCGGAUUCAGAUGGCACUCUCUUCGUGAACUCGUGCUCGGAUUCACCAAAACAGAAGUGGACAUUCGAAGCCAGUACAAAAUAUUAA